GGAAGAUGAAACAGCAGGAGCCGCAGCCACUGGGAUAUUGGAGUCCUACCUGGCCUUGCCUGGUCUGGCUUUUACUUUGAAGCUGCUUGUUCAUUGCAGUUAUGCAAAUUUCUGAAUCCUGCCUGAACAGAAAGUGAAAGCAGAAAUAAGUUCCCCUCCAUUCAAAUCUGCAACGACGUGGAUUGAGAUUAAAUCUGUUUAUUGAAACAUAUUGUUCGGAUCCUGAGUGGCCUAACUGGAGCCAACACGGGGCUAUGGAGGACUAGGAGAUUUAGCCUGAACAUUUGUCUUCCAGAAAAUUGAUUUAGUAUUCUAUCCCUCUAUCAUGGCUAAUUCAUGCAGAAAAUUAAUAUUUAAUAUAUACAUCGUAUUUUACUGCUCAGCAGUCAUCAUGCCCCAAAUAUGUAUUUGUUCUCAGUUCACAAGUUCACCUAUUGAUCAGUUCAAUAAGGACCCCAAGGCUUUUCCAAUAGCCACCAAUGGGGAAAUAUUUCCUUGGCAUGAGCUAAGGCUCCCCACUGUGGUCAUUCCCCUCCACUAUGACCUUCUCAUUCACCCAAAUCUCACCUCCCUGGACUUCGUUGCAUCUGAGAAGAUUGAAGUCUUGGUUCGAGAUGCUACCCAGUUCAUCGUCUUGCACAGCAAAGAUCUUGAAAUCUUAAAUGCCUCUCUUCAGUCAGAGGAGGAUGUGAGAUACAGGAAACCAGGGGAAAGCCUAAGUGUUUUGAGUUAUCCUGCUCAUCAGCAAAUUGCCCUGCUGGUUCCAGAGAAACUUAGGGCUGACCUGAGAUACUCCGUGGCUAUUGACUUCCAGGCCAAGCUAGCUGAUGGUUUUGAAGGCUUUUAUAAAAGCACGUACAGAACUCUUGGUGGUGAAACAAGAACGAUUGCAGUAACGGAUUUUGAGCCAACCGAGGCACGAAUGGCUUUCCCUUGCUUUGAUGAACCAUUGUUCAAAGCCAACUUUUCAAUCAAGAUAAGAAGAGAGAGCAGACAUAUUGCCCUCUCCAACAUGCCAAAGGUUAAGACGAUUGAACUUGAAGGAGGCCUCUUGGAAGAUCAUUUUGAAACUACUGUAAAAAUGAGUACCUACCUUGUAGCCUACAUAGUUUGUGAUUUCACCUCUGUGAGUGGUACAGCCUCAUCAGGGGUCAAGGUGUCCAUCUAUGCAUCUCCAGACAAAUGGAGUCAAACACAUUAUGCUUUGGAAGCAUCACUGAAGCUGCUGGACUUUUAUGAAAAUUACUUUGAUAUCCACUAUCCACUCCCCAAACUGGAUCUCGUUGCCAUUCCUGACUUUGCAAGUGGAGCCAUGGAAAACUGGGGCCUCGUCACGUACAGAGAGACGUCGCUGCUCUUUGACCCCAAGACCUCCUCUACUUCCGAUAAGCUGUGGGUCACCAAGGUCAUAGCCCAUGAACUAGCACACCAGUGGUUUGGUAACCUGGUUACAAUGGAAUGGUGGAAUGAUAUUUGGCUCAAUGAAGGUUUUGCAACGUACAUGGAACUUAUCUCUCUCAAUAUCACAUAUCCAGAGCUACAGUUUGAUGACGAUUUUUCGAAUACAUGUUUUGAAGUAAUUAAAAGAGAUUCAUUAAAUUCAUCCCAUCCUAUCUCCAAUCAAGCAAAAACUGCUAUUCAAAUAAAGGAAAUGUUUGAUGCCGUUUCCUACAACAAGGGAGCUUGUAUUUUGAAUAUGCUCAAGGAUUUUCUGAGCGAGGACACAUUCAGGAAAGGAAUUAUUCGCUACUUAAAGAAGUUCAGCUAUAGAAAUGCAAAGAAUGAUGAUUUGUGGCACAGCCUGUCAAAUAAUUGUUUAGAAAGCGAUUCCGCAUCGGGUGGAUUUUGUUAUUCUGAUUCCAAGAAGACAAGCAACACACUCACGUUUCUGCGGAAAAAUGUAGAGCUCAAGGAGAUGAUGGCUACAUGGACUCUGCAGAAAGGCAUCCCCCUCGUGGUGGUUAAACGAGAAGGGCGUUCCCUCAGACUGCAGCAAGAGCGCUUCUUGUCCGGGGUUUCCAAAGAGGACCCCGAAUGGGGGACUCUGCAGGAAAGGUACCUUUGGCAUAUCCCAGUGACCUACUCCACGAGUUCCUCUCAUGCGAUUCACAGACACAUUCUGAAACUGAAGACAGAUACUCUGGAUUUAUCCGAGAAGACCGAUUGGGUGAAAUUCAACGUGGACUCCAAUGGCUACUACAUCGUUCAUUAUGACGGACAAGGAUGGGAUGAGCUCAUUACGUUGUUGAAUCAGAACCACACACUUCUCAGGCCGAAGGACAGACUAGGUCUCAUUCACGAUGCAUUUCAGCUAGUAAGUGCAGGAAGGCUGACCCUAGACAAAGCCCUUGACCUGACUCGCUACCUCCAACAUGAAACGAGCAUUCCCGCGCUUCUCAAAGGUCUGGAAUACCUAGAAUUGCUUUACCGCAUGGUGGAAAGAAGGAACAUUUCAGAUGUCACUGAAAAUCUCAAGCUUUACCUUCUCCAGUAUUUUAAGCCAGUGAUUGACACGCAAAGCUGGGUUGACGAGGGCUCCGUCUGGGACAGAAUGCUUCGCUCCAUUGUCUUGAAGCUGGCCUGUUACCUGAACCAUGCUCCUUGCAUCCACAAGGCAACUGAACUCUUCUCUCAGUGGAUGGAAUCCAGUGGAAAAUUAAAUAUCCCAACAGAUGUUUCAAAGGUCGUGUAUUCCGUGGGGGCUCAGACAACAGCAGGAUGGAAUUACCUUUUAGAGCAAUAUGAACUGUCAUUGUCAGGUGCUGAAAAAAACAAGAUCCUGUAUGCACUGUCAACCAGCAAACAUCAGGAAAAGUUAAUGAAGUUAAUUGAACUAGGAAUGGAAGGAAAGGUUAUCAAGACACAGGACUUGGCAGCUCUUCUUUUCGCGAUUGCCAGAAAUCCAGAGGGGCAGCAACUAGCCUGGAACUUUGUAAAAGAAAAUUGGACCCAUCUCCUUAAAAAAUUUGAUUUGGGCUCAUUCCCCAUAAGAAUGAUCGUCUCUGGUACAACAUCUGAUUUUUCUUCCAAGGAUGAGUUGCAGGAGGUGGAACUGUUCUUUGAAUCUCUUAAGGCCCAAGGAUCACAUCUAGAUAUAUUUCAAAUUAUUCUGGAAACCAUAUCCAAAAAUAUUAAGUGGCUGGAGAAGAACCUUCCCACCCUGAGGAAAUGGCUACUGAUUACUACUUAAAUGGUCAAUAGAAACAGCACAUCAGACGCUGUGUCUGUGGGAAGUGGGCAGAGCUCAAGCCAAUGUUUCAGAUAGUUUAACCUGUAAGACGGAGAAGGCAAUGGCACCCCACUCCAGUACUCUUGCCUGGAAAAUCCCAUGGACGGAGGAGCCUGGGUAGGCUGCGGUCCAUGGGCUCGCAAAGAGUCAGACAUGACUGAGCGAUUUCACUUUCACUUUUCAUUUUCAUGCAUUGGAGAAGGAAAUGGCAACCCACUCCAGUCUUCUUGCCUGGAGAAUCCCAGGGACGGGGAACCUGAUGGGCUGACGUCUAUGGGGUCACACAGAGUCAGACACGACUUAGCAGCAGUGAAGUGACUUAGCAGCAGCAACAGCAGCAACCUGUAAGAAGCCUCAAGAAGUCAGCCUACACAGCUACCUGUGCUCAGCUAUCACUUCUAGCUGACAGACAUAUGCUGGGGUGGAGCCCCAGUAGCCUAUUUUAAAUUAAACCUCCUGAAUAAUGGAGAUAUGUGGAGAUAUAGACAGAAAUAGCUGCCACAACACAGACUGUCUACACUGCCCCACUUGAGGCAACUACUAUUUUGCUUCUUUGAUGCUUUUUAAGUCUUGCAUAGUAUCCUGGAGUUUUCCCAACCAGGUUACUUCCAAGGAAACAUAACCAGUCUGCAAAAAAAAAAAAAAAAAAUCUUUCUUUCACAUCUUUCCAUCUCCUCACCCUUCUGCUCUCUCAGCUCAGCCUGAAUAGUUUAUUUAUUUUUUAUCAUUCAUGUAAAAUCUCAAUCAAAUUAUGAAGCAUGUGAAUCAGGAAAACAGACUUAUCACCAAAUCUCAGGUUAUUACAAACUAGACAUCAGGGUUUAUCAGGGAAGCGAGGAGGUCCUUCUGGCUUGAGCCUCACGUUAACGAAGAACCUGGAAAACAGACUUCUGAUGUCAUCUCUAAAUGAAGUUAAAUCUGAAGUCACAGUGGUACAGGAGAGAAAGAUGAUAUCACCCCACUUUAACCCAUGCCCUAUUGGAUUUGUAAUAAAUCUUUUGAAAAUUGCUGAGUUAGAUCAUACUAUUGGAUCUAUUUUGGCUUAAAUAUAUUUUGUAUAUAUUUUGGCUUAGUUUGAUGUAAAUGUUUAAAUGUAUCACUAUAUUUUGUAAACCAGUUUUGGCAUUUCUUCAUAUUUUAAGGGAAUCUCCAUCUUUGAAAUUGUUUGACUUAACUGUUUGACUAAGGUAGUAGGAAAUAAAACGUCACUCUAAAUAAAGGUGGUAAAUUUAUUAAAUUCAUGAUCCACGUAUAAGUCAGUAUAAAGUAUAAUAAGUUCUUGAAAAAUUUGAAUCAGUACACAAGAUUACUGGCUUAUCUUGGUUAUCAAAGAAGGCUGGGAUUAUUUGGGUGGGAGUAGGGUGGUAGGGUAUUAUCCAAUCCCUUUUAAAUUAUUUCAUAUCAUAAAGGUCUGUAGACCUUUCUCUACUGCCACAGUAAGAGCCAGGAUACAUUUUAGAUGGACAUGGGCGUGAUCCAGUUCAUAUUUUGUUAAGUUUGUUUUUGAAUAAUUUUUUGGAGUCUUUCAAGCAUCUUGGAUUCUAGAGUUGGCCUGUUCAUGGCUCUACCAGGUUUGUAUAACAUCUAAGUGAUGUCCCUGUACAAGUGUACUUUUGCAUAAAGAAACUGAAAGAAUAAAGAAUACUAUUUUUUCCACUAAAAUAAUAUGUAAAUUAUGCAGUAAAAUAUAUAUGAGUUUUGGUUGAAUUGUGCCAUUAAUAUUGCCGUUAGUAAGAAAAGUUCUUUCUCUUGUGUAAUAACUUAUCUGCCAUAAGUUUCCAGGUUUUUAAUUCUCCUCCUUUUAGUUAAUCUCUCAGAUUCUUAAGAAUUGAGUACAGAAAGUGAAAAUUUUAUUAUUUGAUGAGAUUGAACAUGAGAAGUGCUGUGCCAAUGAUGUUUUAACAAAUAAAGAGGUUUUUUUUU